GAAAUUCUAAGUCUAUUUUGUAAACAAUAUGGCGCUGAGUUCAAAACGGGAAUCAAAACAAAAAAGUUUGAUGUUAUCGUUUAAAGAGAGAUUAGAUAAAUUAGCAUGUCCUUACACAGAGGGAGUGGAUGAAUCCUGGAUCCUGGAGAUGAUCUACAAACCGGGAGAACCGAGAAUUAGACUGCUGCAAUGGCUCUUCUCAAAAUUUGAUUCCAAGCUCCAUGAAUACAUUGAACCAAAAUUCGCAACAGCUGAAUCCAAACUGGACUCCAGAAUUCAACGUUUACUUUUUGUCACCUCCACGUUAGGCUUAUGUAGAUAUGAUGAUGUGGAUUUAAUCAGGGGGGUAACCUCAGGGAGUAGACAGGAUGCCUUCAUGGAGAAGCUGAUAGAUCUGGUGUGUACCAAGGAUGCAGCAGAUGACCCGGACAAUAAGGCCCUGAGGAGUCCCGGAGUGGUCAGCGAGUCCAUGUCAUUGGAAGAACAGUUUCAGCAUGACUCACAUUUGAUGAAGACUUUAUUGAAGCAAGAGAAAGUGGACUCCAUGCUAAAUCCCCGCCUCUCUCUUCUCCCCCCAGAUUUACAGAGACAGUAUGAGGUGGCCAUGGUGGAGAGAGGAGUGGACAAGGACAGGCCCCCUAAACCAGACAUACAGGGCUUAAUGGAGUCUGCUGAGAAACUAUCUCAAGACCUUCAGAGACAACAGGAAAUUCUCAGAGAAGUUAACAGAAAUUUUACAUACGAGUCACUAGAUCCAUCUCGUGGAGAGGUUGUGAGCAAGACGAUGAGUCUAGUGCUGUCCGAGUUGUCUCAGCUAGUGGUCGGUUUCACAUACUGCUACGAAAAUGAGAUGAGUCACUGGUGUAACAAAUCUCCACCCAUUCUAAAUGAGUUAGGACCUGCCUUCAAGAGAGUGUACAAUUCACUACAAAGUUUUGUCAAGCUAUUGAAAGAUUUUGAAUCCAUACGGGAGUCCUACACACAUCUGAAUCGAGACACAAAUUCUAAAAUAAAGCAGCUGACAUCCUCACAGAAGUCAAGUCUGGGGGCAGCAGGACAGGAAAUGUUGGAAAGUUUCCAUGAAUGUGUCAGCGUACUGGACGAGUCCAUUCACCGCAGGACGGCCAAUUCAAGCCAUUCCGUACUGGAGGUGUCCAAGCUGGCGAGGUGAAGGUCAUCUGUGCCACCAAGGGAUCAUAAUUUGUACUAGUCCAUGUGCUUGGAUUUUCAUCCUUGGCAGCUUUUGGGCUUUAAAAUGAGAGGGUACUUGUUUAGCCUCAUGUGCUAGUGAAAUACACAUUAACAUUGUGUAGUUGUUACACCAUGAAAGAUAUGCAGGUUUCCAUCUUUUCAAACAUUAAGAAUGUUUGUGGAAACUGCUUUAGUACACUGCAUAUGCUUUCAUUGAAUGGUUUAAUAUCAAAUACUUGUGAAUAAUCUUUUCACUUGUACACGAAAUAUAUGAAUAAAUCAUUCCAUCACGAUACACUCGUACAAUUUCAUAAACCAAACAUGAAAUAUGUCUUGUUGCACAAUGAUUAGCAAACACUAUCAUGUAUCGGACCUACUGAUGUAAUAAUACUAGGAACUUGUAUAGUAUACAUUACAGGGAUCAAGUUAACCACUAUCCACAGGUAACUUUCUGUAUACCCAUAUCUCAACCUCUACAUAUAAAAUUUAUUAUAUGCAAAA